CAUCUAUUGUUUAAAUCUAAUUAUUGAUAGCCCAAUAAAAAUUUCUGGUAGACCCAAAAGUUAAAUGAUAAGAUUAGAGAUUAAAUGUAAAAUGACUUUCUAGGAAUAUGUCCAUUAGGUCCAUUUUUUAAAAAAUCACACAUGAAUCAAAGUUGUGACUUCUGUUUUAUAUAAAUAUAUAAGAUGAAUGUGUGCUUUUGUAAGAAAAAAUGUACAGUGUUUAAAGUAAACAAGUUAUUUAAAGAUUUAAUUAUUCUAGCUAAGGAAACUAAAGCCCUUUGUCAAAUAAAAAACUAAGGAAACUAUGGAAGGAUAAUGGAUGGUGUAUCAUUGAUAUGGUCGAGACAUUGAGUGUUUAAGAUUUUUGAUUUUUUUUUUCUGAUUGCUAACUCGAAUAUGCUCUACAUAUAUGUCUCGAGCAAUGCUGUAGAAGCCGGAUUAUGAUUUAUCUCCACUUUAUCCUUAUUCUUCACAUCUACAUUAGUCAAAUGUUUUUACAUUCCCAAGUUUUUUUGUACCCAAUUCAAACCAUAUAUACACAGUCCAUGACUAAACCAAUAUUACACCAACCAAAACUGAAACCAAUCUUGGUCCGGCUGUCAGAGUUAGUCGUGAGAUUUUGGGUGGGCUUAUAUAUGACUAUGCAUUUUUACUCUUAAAAAUUUGAGGAUCCAUAACUAAUGUUUUGCUUCGCUAUGUCCAAAUCGGUUUUAUCUUAUCGGCGGUCUGAACCAAACUUUAUAUUUUGGCACUUUCAUAUGUAUGCCAAAUCAAAACAACGUAAAUAAAACUGAAUGUUUUUCAUAUGUAUGUUUUCAACUUCAUCUUUGUACUGGUCAACAAAAAAAGAGCCUUUUGUUUUUUCAAGGACUAGUCGAAGUGAUACGAAACGGAAAAUUUACUUUUUAGAAGACAUUGUCUUUGAUGAUGUGGCUCUUAACUUCCACUUACUGCUCAUCAUUUGCGAUCAUGUUCGUAUAUAUCUUUAGUGACACUCUCAUAUUCAAGAGUAUCAAUCAAGAUAUGGACAAAUAUACUCUCUGUCAACAGCAUUAUCUCUAGAAGCCAACUUCGUUAUCAAUAAAUUCUAUAGGAGAUAUUAAACCCGUGGAUAGUUUCGAGUCUUAUUUGGCCGGAGUAGACCGUGUCAUAUGGGGCCUAACGAGCAUUUUGUUAGUGUAUUCAUUGUGUUUUUGGAAUGUUUAUGAGAUAUUUUCUAGGCUGGUGUGAUUCUACAUUAGAUGAGAAAUACAUAUUCUCUUACCAGGAACAUCUCUCACCCGUAUUACAGAGGUUCAAUAUUUUUUUGUUGUCGCAUAGUAAGGGUUUCUCACUAGUUUUGGGUUUGUUGAUUAUGUAGACCGCACAUCUUAUGUCUGUGCAUUUCAAACUCGAAUCAUCUGAUCUUGCUUCCAAUUAUAUAUCCUAUCUUUACUCAUAUAUUCGCAAACUUCAUUGGACCUAUUAUAGAGUUGGCAAAAUUUAUAUUAUUAAUAUUUCUAAUUUUUAAUAGAACUCUAACUUAAGGGUAUUGUACUUGACAACUUGGUUACACACUUCGGUUGCAAUACCAUUUAUGUAUAUAUAUUUUUCAUCGAUGCAUAAUUACAUAUUUAUUUAAACCCUUUAACAAAAAAAAUAUUUAGAAACAAAAUACCUCAAACAAAUUAAAUAUGAAAAAAAGAACCGAGGAGCGAUUGCCGGAUUGGGCAGUUUUAGAAACGUACUAUUGAAACUGGCAAACUACGACUUUAUCAUAAAGUUGCAGAGAAGCACAUGUCGAAGGUUCGAUUACUUUUUUUUUUUUGCCAUAACAAACCUAUUCUUUACGUUUAUUUUUUAUUUUUGUUAAACUUAUUCUAGUCUUUACGUUUUUAACACCAAUUUUUUAGGUCAUCUCCAAAACCAUUUCUUCAGAGAAAAGCAAAUCCGCUCAUUAAGUCUUUCCCGUGCGAAAAUAUAGUAAUCCAACUUGUCAAUUGUCAUCAUAAAAGUAAUUAAAUGUCACCCUAAACAUAUACAGAUCCAGGGUAGGUCGAUAUACGUGGUUUUAAACACUCAGUAAAUAUAUAUUUUUAACCAUUUGGAAGCCAAGUUAUCUAUGCCUAUUAACUUUUAAUAUUUUGGAGACCAUAAACGAAUCUUUCGUUAGUUGUAACUUAUCCCCAAAAAGAGCUCUGCAUAGACAACGUAAUAUUGUUUGAAGAGGUACAUAUCUAUAGUUCUGUACAACAGCAUUGAGCGGGAAGAAAAUUGUGAAAAGGUAACCGCAACGCAUUGGCCGUUCGGUAAUGGUAAUCGCACUUGCUUUUGGAAUAAUUGACCAGGAAUCAAUUUAGUGGAAUGGUGAAAACGACACGCACUUCUCUCCCUUACCAUUUGUAUUGCUAAAACCUGACGCAUUUUGAUCCUCUUCCUCCCACUUUCUGGUUUUAAUUACCCAACUAUCAUUUGCUAACUUAAUUAAAUACUCGUCGUCAUAAUUAACUACAAAGUAAAUUCGAAUGGACCUAUGCGCGUUUACUGCAUUUAUAAUGUGUUUCACGUGAUCAUAUGCAUAUACGUAUAAAUACCAAUACGUAUACAUAUUAAUGUGUACUAUUAUAUAAUAUGUUACUUCCUAUGUAUUUAAAAGAUUAAUGUUUAAGAUUUUACACAUAUUUUUUAAAAAUACAUUUUUUGUUUAUUACUUUUUGUUUUACCAAUAAAUUUUCAACACUCAUAUUUUUAAAUUUUAACUUAUGUUUAAAUUUUAAAAAUAGUUACAUUAGUUAUACUCUAAAACAUCAAUCUUUCCAACACAAAAAUAAAAUCUAAAAUAAAAUGCAGUAAUUUACUUAUUUUUUUGGUUUAAUGUUGAUUAGCUGCUUUUCUGCCAACUAAUUGCAUGUUUUUAAGUAUUCUUAUAUUAGAAUUUGUAUUGCGUUUUCUAUAGCGUAUAGUGAAUUAGCUAUAUUUAUAGUGGCAGGUGAAAACAAUACUGAUCGGAUCUUUGGUGUGCAUUACCAGAAGCUGACACCAAUUUUAUUGCAUUGAUCAUAGUUUUUUUUAUCAUAGUUGUUAUAAUCUUUUCAUCGUUGGGGGUAAGGUUAAGAACUAAGAAGCCUUGUUUUGAUCUAUGUAUCCUCUGCGUUUCUCUUUUAUUUGUUUUUCAGUACGUGUUGAUACAUUUUGAUUUGAUGCUAACAUAUAUAAACUUAUUUUCCGCCUUCUAUAAGAGAGGAUCCUAUGAAAAUAUAUGAUGAAUUGGUUGACAAUAUAUAUAUAUAUAUAUUUUUUUUUACAGCAAACGGUUCUUCUAUUACUCAAACUUGAGGUGGUCUGAGAAGCCAAACCGGAAUAAAACAACCAAUAAAACAUAAUGAUCUAUGAAAAGAACGUGCACUUUUAGCUAACGCAUCUGCGAUCUCAUUCUGCGCCCUUGGAAAGUAGGUGAUGUUGAAGUCUGAAAAACACAACCGAAGAGUUUGAAUGUUUUCCAGCUCGGUUGAGAAGUUGGGCCAAUCUUGUGGCUGCUCUAUCAUCGCAAUCAGGUCCUUACAAUCCGUCCCAAACCUUUGAUAGGUGGAGUGUUGUAUCAUGCUCUCCAUUGCCCACUUUAGCGCUUCCAGUUCUGAGUGUAACGUUGUCUCCCUUCUCCGCAAGUUCCUUGACCCCAUGAGUUGUAUCUUCCCCAUUGCAUCCUUUCAGACCCAUUCCAUUCCACUAAAUUGAGCUGUGGAGGUCCAUGAGCCAUCCACCAUGCAAAUAUUACUCAAGCUUAAGAUUUGUGGUUCUUCAAUAUUCUGUACCAAUUUUGGCGGAACCGGUACAUAGUCUCUUGCAUUAAACCAAGCUUGACACUCACUCUCUGCAUAUCUGACUAGCUCCAAUGGAUCUCUGUUUAUGCUUCUAAACAACUUUUCAUCCUGACUUUCCAGAUAUACCAAAUUAUCCAAGGAUAAAAGUCUCUAUCAUCUUCUGGCUCCAGAAUUCCAUUCUUUCUCCAAAAGAGAAAGUCCAUAUUAGUAUAAAUACUUGAUACAUGAAAGAUUUCAGAGCUCGAUGGUGUUGAUGAUAAUUCCCAUGCUUGUAAGGCCGGUGGUUGACAAUAUAUAUAAAGAUGAAAAUUGUACAUCUUUCUCUCAUAAUGUUCUUAAACUAUAGUUAUCUUUGUUUUAGGUUUUCAAUUAGUUUAUAUUAUUUAUGUUUCGUUUGAAGUGAUAUUUUAUUUAGGGCGAUCAUAUUAGAAAAUUUUGCAUAAUAUCUCACAUGCCUUAUUUAUAUACCUUAUUAAUUAUCAAUACAACAUUUAUUGUAAAUUAAAUGGGGGAAACAAAUAAUAUUUCUACGUUAAUGUAAUGAAUUAUACAUAACGAAACAAAAUAAAUGGCUACAAUUUUACUAAAAGUACUGUAUGAAGUAUAAGAUAUGUUAAAGUUAUUCAUUAUGAGUAUUGUCUUCAAAAUAUUCAAAAUAUAGAGUGUUUUUGGAGAUGCUAUAACAGAAACCAGUAUAGUUGGGAAGUGAUCACAUUAUGAUUAGUGUUUCCCACAAAAAAGAUUGAUGAUUGAAAAAGCAAUCACGAAAAGGCUGAUAUCCACUUAAAAUUGAAAUGGAGUUUCAUCAUUACUGUGCAAAAAAGUUUAAUCAGAUCACAGCCUCUUUAACCAUUCUAUGUGUUUCUUCUUUCUAGACCUUGUGGUAUGAUUAUAUUUUUUUUAUAAUAGAUUUGUUUUCUUGUUCUACUAGUAGAAGAUCUGGACAACUAUAGCAUAGUAUCGUUUUUUUUUUGAACAAAUUUUUUUUUUGAACAAACUAUAGCAUAGUAUCGUUUUCUUAGUAAAUCAUAGCAUAAUUAAAAAUCGGAGGAAUUUUGUGAACCGCUAAAACUAAAUAAAAAUAUGGUCGACUAAUAGUCAACGUUUUAAUAAUUUUUUUUAUGAACUUUUGAUACGUUUUUAUUAUGUUGAUUAUCCUCUAAAAGGUAAACCAGAUAACUCUUUGUAGUCCCACUAAAACAUGUAAAACUGUAUACUUCAUAGAAAUAUAUAAUUUAGUUCAAAUGACUAUAGUCUAUUGGAACACUAUAAGGAUUAAGUUCAAAUAUAUGAUAUAUCCAAAAUGACUAUUGUCCCAAUAUAUGGAGUUUUUUUUUUUGCCCACCAAAUGACUAUAGUCUACUGGAACACUACAUACAUUAUGUUAUUCAAAAAUUGUUUAAGACUUACAGAAGAAAUGAUGUAUAAGUAUGAAACUUAUAUUUGAUCAAAAUUCCAACCGUACAAUUAAUAAAUUAUUAGCUAAGUUUAGUUCUAACUCUUGAAUAUUCAUAUACCAUUUUCUUGGUCUAUGUUUUGAUAUACCAUUUAGGUAAUUGUGUUAUUUCUUAUUCUCUCUUUUGUUUUCCCUCUUACUCUCUCUUAUAUUUUAGUGUGUAUAUGGGUCUUGUGUGUUCCAGGAUCGUUCUUUUGAUCACCGUCCUGUCUCCAGAAAAAUGUGUUUACACUACCUCUAGUCUCGAGAGGUUCUCUAUGAACUUGCUGUAUGGUUUGUAAGUUUGUAAUCUGGUGUCUUCUUUAACUUAAUGAAAUUCAGAUGACAAAAAGAAAAACAAGUUGUCAGUUGCUGCCAUGGUGUAGUGAUUUUCAUUGCGAUUCCCUUCAUCUACAGAUCUGAAAUUAUAGAUAGAUAAUUAUAUAAAACACACGAUAAAAUAUAUAUACUACAUAUAUAAGAAUAAUUUUUUACACUUUUCCAUCAUUGACCACCUGAGAAUGGCCUUAGACGAAAAAAGUCCGGGAAGUUAUCUGAACGUAAUGAGCAUGAUGGUUGACUCUUGUGGAUUUUCUUUUACAAUGUUUUGGUCUCUUCAGAUUAUUGUAAACACGUCAGUCUUCGUCUAUUCAUUCUAAUAUUUUUGGUCCCAAUAUUUAUUUCGUUUUUCUUUGUUAUAUAAUCUUAUAAAAUGUGAGAUAUUGUUACUCAAUUAGAAAAUACUACAAGCAAAGUUUAAUAGACUAACACUUAACAGAAAGUAAUAUUACAUUUGUAACUUUAAGAUGAGAGGUUAUGAGUUUUGGUCCAAAACCUUUUUUAUGAACUGCCAUGUAUAUUCUGAAAAAAAAAAACAAUUGAAAAGUGUUUGUGUUCGCUGGGAUAAAAAAAUGUAUUUGUGUUCUAAAAUAAAAAUUGCUUUAAAUUUUAACUACGUGGUCCAAUAAUUUAAUGUUCCAGACUUUUCGAACUACAAAUUUUGAAAUCGAACUAAAAUGGAUUUAGUAAGAUUAUUAUAUUUUCAUAACUAUUUUCCUUGAAUCGUAUCUACAAAUAAGUUGGAGCUUGUAGUGAUCGCACAACACAAUUCAACAGGGAUAUGAAUAAUUGUUGCGUACGUCACCAGAAUUUUAAAUGAUCCAGCUCAAUUAUUUUCAUAGAAAUCGUCCACAAAAUCAUGUUGCCAAAUGAAAUUAAUCUGACAAUAGUUUUUUUGGUGAGUGAAACUUAUAAUAAUGAAACAAAUCAAGAAGGUGGCAAAGAAAAAAAAUGUAAAAAAAAAAACAAUUCAACAAAAGAAAAAAACCUCAUGGUACGUAUAUUUUUGAUCAAACAGAACCUCAUGUCUCGUGUAGUCGUGGUGUUAACUACGUAACUAAUACUACUAAUUAAUUAAGAGUCUUUAAACGACUGAAGUUUUCAACGCUUAUACGUAUCUAACUCAUGCCUCGUGGUGUUAACUACGUUUGUUUCUUACAUGCAUGCGUAUGCGUUCGAAUGUGUACAAAAAGAAACGUGAAUAUCAUUCAUUUUUUUCAGCUCGAAAUGCAAGUUUUAGUUAUAACAACUGGGGUUUCUAACUCUGGUGGUAAAGGGUUCACGGCUGUGAGUCCCGUCAUCCGGGUUCGAAUUCCGACCACUGAGGAAUUUACAUGUAAAACCUUAGCAUUCGAGACCGAAGAUCGUUCACGGUGAUACCAGUGUAAACUAAGUCUUUGGUCAUUCGGUCUUUAGUUUGGACCACUUUGGUGGGAUCAUGACACUCAGUUAUCAAAAAAAAGUUUUAGAUAUAACUUUUAGAACGGACCAAUUUCUUCGGAGUCAGUAGGUUUUCUCUUGCUGAAGACAACCUUUCGUUGGUCAGAAGUAUAAGAAUAGCUAGCUUUACAGUUUAGUAAAAAAAAGAAGAAAAAGUUACAAAACUCGAUCAAAUGACCAACUUCAGUUUAAUAUUAGUUUACGAGGUGCGACCAAAGAAACAAAAUAUAAUAACAUGGUUGAAUUAGUUGACUAGGUUUGAAUGAAAAGACCUAUUCGGUUCAGCCGUAAACCCGCAUUACCAGUAAAAAAAAUCGGUAUACAUAAUACAUGUAGGCCUUGAUGAAAAAAAGGAUUUCGACCUAGAAACAUCAUUUUCAUAUAAAUUGUAAUGCAUACAAAGAAAACGUCACGAUGAUCAAUUCUGCUCGCAUUAUCUUUUUAUUCAGGUAAUGAUACUGUUUCAGAUAUAAUCGAUCAAUCUAGCCAUUAAGAGAGUAGUACAUUACCUUCUUUUGGUCAAAAACGAGUGAGAGUACAUUACCUAAGUGAUAUUGGUGCUUAAGCAUCUAGGGAUCUAAAGUUAGUUGAUUUAAAAUAGAUAGAAUAAUAUACUUUUAGAAAUAAUAUAUUUUUGGAGAGAAAAAUAGAAACAGUAAAAACUCAUCUUAAACAUGAACAAAACUAUUUUAUGAUUUUUGAUGUUUAAAAUAUCAUUAGAAGAAUAGAGCAGAUCUGCAUAGUUUGUUUUAUAAUAAUUUUCAGAUUUGGUUAAAUAUAAUUUUAAAUUUAUUAUGAUUUGUGUUUUCUACUGUAAUGUGUAUUUUUUGAAUAAGAAGUAUAAAAUCAAAAUAAUGUAGAAACAAAACUGACAAAAAGCUUGACCCAUUUCGAAUUUUUAGAAGAAAAAAUAUUUAUCUGAAAUUUUAACUAGAACGACUUAUGACAUUUCUCCAUAUAUAUAAAUAAAGCAUAAGUUAAUGUACAUCCUAUAACAACAUAAGCUAACAUUUAUAGGAACAUGCUGUUAUUAGAGUUGCUUUGUGAUGGGGCCAUAGCACUUCUAUUGGAAUCUAGAUUUCAAUGGAUUUUCUGAUUUUUUUUCUUUAAAGUUUAGUUUUGGAAGAAAAAGAAAAAUAAAGUUUAGUUUAAUUAAUUAAUUGAAAAAUAAAUAUUGUAAUCACUAACACAUGUCUCUUUCACGGCCAUAUUAUUAAAUUACCAAUUUGUCCAGAUUCCAACAGCUCCACCCAGGACUGUCUCCACCAUCUUCUUUUUUCUUAACACUAUAAAUAGAGUCAGGUCCAAGAUGAAAAACAUAGUCAUUGGCCUUUGAGACAACAAUAACAUACAAAAAUACAGAAAGUACAAAUUUAACGGUUACUUUAGUAGUAGUAAUUACUACAAAAUGGAGAGAAAGUCUCUAGAAGUCGAGUCUAUGGAUCACCAAAAACUUUCCUCCGCCGUGUACGAUGGCUCUGUUACGGCCGUUGAUUCUGUUAAAGAAGAUGUUCAGGAGACCAAAGUCGUUUAUAGAGGCUGGAAAGUCAUGCCUUACAUCAUUGGAAAUGAGACAUUUGAGAAGCUUGGGAUCAUUGGAACACUAUCAAACCUUCUGGUUUAUUUAACUUCUGUCUUCAACAUGAAGAGUGUCACAGCUGCAACAAUCAUCACUGCCUUUGCUGGCACAGUCAACUUCGGAACUUUCGUCGCUGCUUUCCUUUGCGACACUUACUUCGGUCGAUACAAGACUCUUACCGUUGCGGUCCUCGCCUGUUUUCUUGGAUCACUUGCGAUACUAUUGACUGCUGCAGUCCCACAGCUACAUCCAGCCCCAUGCGGCACAGCGAGCUCGUGUAUCGGGCCAAGUGGUGGCCAGAUAGCGUUUCUACUGAUGGGUCUUGGGAUUCUUGUCGUGGGAGCAGGAGGGAUUAGACCGUGCAAUCUAGCUUUCGGAGCUGAUCAGUUUAAUCCGAAGAGCGGGUCAGGGAAGAGAGGGAUUGAUAGUUUCUUCAACUGGUACUUCUUUACCUUCACUUUCGCGCAGAUCUUGUCUCUGACAGUAGUUGUCUAUGUCCAGUCUAAUGUCAGUUGGACCAUCGGUUUAACCAUCCCGGUUGUUCUAAUGUUCUUGGCCUCCGUGAUUUUCUUUGCGGGUGCUAAGUUGUAUGUUAAGAUCGAAGCCUCAGGUAGUCCAUUGGCUAGCAUAGCUCAUGUUAUAACGGCUGCUAUCAAGAAACACAGGUUAGAGCCAGUGGAACAGCCUUGGCUGAACCUUUACAACUACUACCCAUCAAAAUACGCAAACGCCAAGCUCAAAUACACCCAACAAUUCAGGUUUCUCGACAAGGCGGCGAUCUUGACUCCUGAAGACAAGUUGGAGGCUGAUGGUAAGCCUGUGAAUCCGUGGAAUCUAUGUACAAUGCAACAAGUUGAAGAAGUGAAGUGCAUCAUGAGAGUGCUUCCUAUAUGGUUUGCUUCAUCGAUCUACUACUUAACCAUGGCGCAACAAAUGACUUAUCCUGUCUUCCAAGCUCUCCAGAGUGAUCGUCGCCUAGGCUCCGGAGGUUUCAUGAUCCCGGCAGCCACCUAUGUUGUCUUCUUGAUGACUGGCAUGACCCUCUUCAUCAUAUUUUAUGACCGUGUCUUGGUUCCUACAUUAAAAAGAAUAACCGGUAUAGAGACGGGUAUAACGCUCUUGCAAAGAAUUGGAGCCGGGAUUUUUUUCGCCUUUUUAAGCUUAAUUGUCUCUGGUUUCGUCGAGGAACGUAGGAGAACUUUAGCACUAACUCAACCGACACUCGGUUUAGCGCCACGGAAGGGAGAAAUCUCCUCAAUGUCGGCUAUGUGGCUGAUUCCGCAGCUUGUACUUGCUGGAAUAGCCGACGCGUUUGGAGCUAUUGGACAGAUGGAGUUUUACUACAAGCAGUUCCCUGAGAACAUGAGGAGUUUCGCUGGUUCUAUCUUUUACGUAGGAGGAGGAGUUUCGAGUUACAUCAGUAGCUUCUUGAUCACAACGGUUCACAGGAUGACGCAGAACUCGGCGGGUGGUAAUUGGUUAGCUGAGGAUUUGAACAAAGGGAGAUUGGAUUACUUCUAUUUCUUGUUAGCUGGAAUCUUGGCAGUUAAUUUUGCUUACUUCUUGGUGAUGGCAAGAUGGUAUAGGUACAAAGGAAGUGAUGAUGAAGAGACAAGUUAUGAAACCAGUGGAGAUAUCAUCAAAGAACAAGACAAGAACAAAGUCUGAUGAUCAUAUUUCACUUCUUUUGGACUUUAAGUCUACACUCUUUGGAUUUUCUUGGAAUAAGCCAUGGAAAAACGAUGUAAUGAUAUACUUCCUGUGGCUCCUUUUUAUUUUAUUUUCUGGUUAAUAUGUUUGAUCACAUCUCUUUCUUUCUAUCAAUGUGCAGAAAAGGGAGAUUAUAACAUUACAUGUAUUUGCAAAAUAAAAAGAAAUCGUCUUGUAUUUUAAGCAUUAUGUUUCUAUUA